AUGAGGUAUCAACUUGAUCUGAGUCUAGAAAUGGCUGAUGAGCAUGAUAGGUUCCUCCCUAUUGCUAAUGUGGGUCGGAUCAUGAAGCAUGUCCUGCCACGAAGUGCCAAGAUAUCCAAAGAAGCUAAAGAAACCAUGCAGGAAUGUGCAUCAGAGUUCAUAAGUUUUGUGACGGGUGAAGCAUCUGACAAGUGUCACAAGGAGAACCGUAAAACGGUGAACGGAGAUGACAUUUGUUGGGCUUUGAGUACACUAGGGUUUGAUGAUUAUUCUGAGGCCUUAUUGAGAUACUUGCACAAAUAUAGGCAGUAUGAAAGAGAGAGGACCAAUCACAGCAAAGCCAGUAGUACUAGCACCGAAGACAAGGAAGCAGCAUCAAGCUAUAAAAAUAGCCAACCUGAUGAGAAACAAGCUGAUGCUCCAAUUCCUUUAGAGCUUAGAGUUGUCGAGAUGGGAGAAAACCCUCCUGCAAAUACAUCUUGAGCAAUAUGCUAUUGUCUUAGAAUUGACGAUGAUCGUACUGAACAAGAUCAAGGGAAGGGGAUGCGUUUUUUUUCGUAUUUGGGCUCUCGGUAUUUAAUCUCCCUCAGAUUGAUUUUGUGAACAAAUUGGUGACUAUUUUAAGGUACAUUUGGAUCCAUGUACUUAGUUCUUUCCUUUCUUCCUCGUAAAUUUUAAGGUGAACAGUUUUGAAGUUAUGUAACAUGAGAAAGAACUAUUUUGAUUUUGAAUCUAGG